UCCUUUCUAUAUAAGCUCCAAUGGUGGACGACACACUCUCGCAGUCGCAGCAGUGUGUAGUGUACUGUAGCUCUUCCCUCGCUCCCUCUCCCGGCAGCCCAAUAGCUAGCUACACUCUCCAGAGCUCGGAGAGAGCUGAAGCUAGCUAGCUACCAAUGGCUGCACCUCCUCCUCCUCUUAGCAGGGGCAGCAGCAGCAGCGUGCCACGGAAUGCCGCUGCCACUGCCGCCGUCGUGCCGGCAUUGCUGCUGGCGGCGGCCAUGGCGAUGGCGGCCUUCCCCGGCGCCGGCGCGCAGCCGUCCCCGGGGUACUACCCGAGCUCGAGGUUCAGGCCCAUCCCGUUCAACCGCGGGUACACCAACAAGUGGGGCCCGCAGCACCAGACGCUCUCCGGCGACCACUCCGCCCUCACCAUCUGGCUCGACAAGACCUGCGGGAGUGGCUUCAAGUCGAAGCACGCGUACCGGAACGGCUACUUCUCCACCCGCAUCAAGCUCCCCGCCGGCUACACCGCCGGCACCAACACCGCCUUCUACCUUUCGAACAACGAGGCGCACCCUGGGUUCCACGACGAGAUCGACAUGGAGUUCCUGGGCACCAUCCCGGGGGAGCCCUACACGCUGCAGACCAACGUGUACGUCCGGGGCAGCGGCGACGGGCGCAUCGUCGGCCGCGAGAUGCGCUUCCACCUCUGGUUCGACCCCACGGCGGCCUUCCACACCUACGCCAUCCUCUGGAACCCCGACGCCAUCACCUUCUUCGUCGACGACGUGCCCGUCCGCCGCUACGAGCGCCGCGCCGAGCUCACCUUCCCGGACCGCCCCAUGUGGGCCUACGGCUCCAUCUGGGACGCCUCCGACUGGGCCACCGACGACGGCCGCCACCGCGCCGACUACCGCUACCAGCCGUUCGUCGCGCGCCUCGACCGCUUCGUCCUCGCCGGCUGCUCCGCCGCAGCCCCGGCCUCCUGCCGCCCCGUGCCGGCCUCGCCCCGCGGCGCCGGCCUCACGCCGCAGCAGUACGCCGCCAUGCGCUGGGCGCAGCAGGGCCACAUGGUCUACUACUACUGCAACGACUUCCGCAGGGACCACUCGCUCACGCCCGAGUGCUAGUCCGCCCCGCCAUGGAUAGAUCUUGGCCGGUUGCGCUCGCGCUCCUGGGAUGAUGAUCGGCGAGAUCUGGCGGUUGGUGGUGUUUGUUUCGCCUCGCCUUGUUUGGUUGUUUGUUUUGUUUUUCCUAGCACUCAUCUGAUCUCCCGUGAACGAAGAAAGGCUAGUGACAUCGGUCGAUCGAUCGAGAUCGAUGGAUGGACGUGCCGUGCCGUGGCUGCCCUACCACCACCGCCGCUUAGCUGCUAGUCGUGAGGCGAGCCGGGCGGGGUGGUUGAGGCGUUGGUCGUUGGCGCAUUUUGCCAACAAAAGGGGGUGUCGUCGCCGUCUGCCGUUUGCUUGUUCUGCUGCCUUUUCCAUUGUAUUUGGUCUCACAUGCGUGCCGCCCCAAAGGGGCAAGCUUUGCAUGAUUCAUGGCAUCAUGCAUGCCCACUGUAAUACGGAACUGUUAUACCAUAUAUUAUUAUAUGUAUUUAAUAUGCUGUAUACAUGCAUGUCUCGUGUCGGUGAGGAGAUGUAUACAAUUCUACUGAAGUUGCAUGGUUUUCAAA